UUGCCGGUCCCCCCGGCUGUCAUUUUCAGAGUAGGUUUCGCUCCUGUGUUUUCCUGCGGAUUCGCCUGCUUUCCCCGGUGGUAGGGCCGCAUUCGUCGCGGUUCUGGAAUGGGAUUAGGGUGAAGUGUGCGAUUUUUACCGGCUGGAUCGCGCCUGAUUGCGUUUGCCUCUGUCGUGGCCGAGUUUGUGUUCGGUAUCGGUGCCGCCCUCCUACUCCCAACCUGUCAUUUCUGUUUUGUUUGAUCAAGUACAUGCUUGAAUAAGUUAUUUAAAAUGGCGUGGCGCUUCAAAGCUUCAAAGUACAAGAAUGCAGCACCGAUUGUGCCCAAACCGGAGGCAUGCAUUCGUGACAUAUCUGUGGGCUCAUACCAAACUUAUGGGAACAACAUUGCUGCAUCUGCAGCGUUUAUGGCAUUCAAUGUGGACCAUAAUGGCUCAAGUCUGGCUGUUCUUCCUAUUGAUGAUUGUGGAAGGAAAAGCAAAACCAUGCCACUUCUCCAUGCCCAUACGGAUACGGUGACUGACAUGGACUUCUCUCCUUUCCAUGAUGGACUUCUAGCUACUGGUUCCCAAGAUUGUUUGGUGAAACUGUGGCACAUUCCAGAGGGUGGUUUACAGGAGAGUUUAAGCAACCCUCAGUGUGUUUUCUCUCACAAGCAGCGGCGAGUAGAAGCUGUCCGCUUUCACCCCACAGCUGACUGUCUUCUGAGCUCCACAUCAUACACUACUCUUACAUUGUGGGACGUAGCUGCACAGAAGGAAAUAUUUUCCAAUUGCCAGCACUCAGAAGUGAUCCAGUCACUUAGCUGGAAGACUGAUGGUCGUCUUUUGGUUACUUCAUGCAAAGACAAGAAACUUCGCGUUUAUGAUCCUCGUGCCACCACGAGCAUAACUCAUACUACUGACAGCCAUCAAAGCAUCAAAGACUCCCGUGUGGUUUGGCUUGGUGAUUCAAACAGAAUCCUUACUACUGGCUUUGAUGCUGGACGUUUGAGGCAGGUGUACAUUCGUGAUCUCCGAAAGUUUUCAGAACCUGAAAAAUCACUAGAACUUGACAGCUCAACUGGAAUUCUUAUGCCUCUUUUUGAUCCUGAUACAAACAUGCUCUUCCUUGCUGGAAAGGGAGACAUAACUAUUAUGUACAUGGAAGUGUUAGAUCGGGAACCAUUCCUUGUAGAAGGUAUUCGUCACUCUGGUGAGCAGACAAAAGGAGCCUGCCUAGUCCCUAAGCGAGCUCUGGCUGUCAUGCAGGCUGAAGUGAACCGUUUGCUCCAGCUAACUUCCAGUUCAGUAAUUCCAAUUAUGUAUCAAGUUCCUCGCAAAUCCUACCGAGACUUUCAUAGUGAUCUAUUCCCUGAUACUGCUGGAUGUAACUCCCCCAUGUCAGCAAGUCAGUGGAGUGUGGGCAAUGAUACAGCUGUUCCAAGAAUCAGUCUGGACCCCAACAAGAAACAGGCUUCAAUGAUUCAUCGUGGUACACUUGUUCAAAUUGCACAAGAGCUGAAGGACAAUGAGAAGUCAUCUGUGAAAACUUCUCAGCCACAGCCCAUUGUUAAAAACAUCAAUCAGUCUUGGUUGAAGGAGCGGGAGAAUGGGCGGGACAAUGGUCAAGAGAUUGUUUGUGGAGUCAAAGCACUCAAAACUAAGUUGGAGACCAAAAGCAAUGAAUUGUUGGAUGAUGCUGUGGAUGCUAAAAAUGUCCAGAAUGGAAGCGACUCUCAUUGUGUACCACCCAAACCUUUGCCUCGCGCCUCUCGCAAUGGUUCUUUGUCUGAGCUCAAUGAGGAACUUCCUCCUGUAAGCAAUUCUCCUCCUCCUAUUAUCUCAACUCCAAAGCCUGUUGCACGUCCUCGCUCCACUACUACAGGGGUUGUGACUGGUGGUGGAUACAAACCAAGACUAGGUCCCAAGCCAUUCACUCCUCCAAAACUUAACUUUGGUGCCAACUCUGGUGCCAUUGAAUCGGAUGGUGGGAUCGUAAACUCUGAUGAAGCCUUAGCACAGCGCAACUCUCCAGAGGGGGCUCCAGACUCGGCACUCAGCUGGUACAGCAAUGGCGGGACCGAACAUGCCAAUGGCUCUGAGAAAAAUGGCAAAGCUGACUUACACAGUCUUAAUGAUGAAUUGAAUGAUUCUCCUCCACUUUCUGGUUCGUCAUCACCUGAGAAACCAAAAACGCCGAGCACAUCAGAAAGAAGAAAAGUAUUUGAAAGUCGAGUCUCAUCUACAGAGAGUCAGCAAAAUGUUGAGGUCAUCACAUCCGCCGUUGAUGGUGUUCUAUUGGAUGAAGGGAAAGCUGACUUUGAUCGCAACUCAGCUCAGAGAAGCUCUAUUGCUGAAAGAAGGCGCCUGUAUGAAAGUCGCUCAAUGUCCAUCCAGGACUCAGGAGCAAAUAAGGCCAAAACUCCAUCCCCCACUCCUUUGAGACGCAAAGAUUCUUUGAAGAAAGUCAAUGUUGAAGAAGAAGUGAGAAAGCCAGCUCCUGCUGUGCAGCGUCAAAUGUCACAUGAGCCCACCAAGUCUGCAAAGCUGGAACCUGCUGUCACUCCAACCCCUAAGAGAACAUCCACUGUGUUUGGGAGAGUUUCUAAAUUCCGUCACUUGAAAGGGAAUCCGGGUCACAAGUCCACACACAUUGAAAACAUUCGGAACAUUAGCCGACAGAUUUCUGGAGAGUGUGAUGGGUUCCAUGCUAACCGUGAACGAGUAGCUGUGCCAUUGAGUGGACCAGGUGGAAGAAUUGCUGUUUUGGAACUGAGCCGUGCAGGAAAACUGCCUGAUGGAGUGAUUCCUGCCCUUGUCCAUGGUGCUAACGUCAUGGAUUUUGUUUGGGACCCUUUCAACUGCAGUCGUCUGGCAGUUGCUUGUGAUGAUGGCACUCUGAAGUUAUGGCUUAUUAAGCCUGGGGGCCUCACUGAGCCAACGAACACCCCUGAAGCCCAGUGGACAGCUCACUCUGAAAAGAUAUAUUUCAUCAAGUUCCAUCCCACAGCUAAAGAUGUUCUUGCAUCUUCAAGCUAUGACAUGACGAUUCGAAUUUGGGAUCUCCAAACUCAAACUGAAAAGAUAACUCUUUUGGGACACACGGACACUAUUUUCUGUAUGGCGUGGUCUCCUUGUGGAGCAUAUUGUGCAACAGUGUGCAAAGAUUUCAAGAUUCGUGUUUACGAACCCAGGGCCAGUGCCCAACCUGUCCGAGAAGGGAAGGGUCCUGCAGGCUCUAGAGGUGCACGUAUUGUGUGGGCACUGGAUGGAAACUAUAUUGUAGUGAUGGGCUUUGACAAGGUAUCAGAGAGGCAGAUUAGUGUCUACAAAAGCCAUGCUUUGAAUGUUCCAAUGAACACGAUUGGGCUAGAUGUAUCUCCAUCUAUUCUCAUUCCUUUUUAUGAUGAAGACAGUUCAACUCUCUUUGUGACCGGCAGAGGGGACUCCACAUUGUAUGCAUUUGAAGUGUCAGAGGAAGCACCAUUUUUGUGUCCUUUGAGCCACCACCGGGCAGCUUCCUUACACCAAGGCUUGUCUUUCCUUCCCAAAAAUUGCUGUGAUGUGGCCAGUGUGGAGUUUGCCAAAGCUCUUCGUCUCACAAACAAUUCUAUUGAGCCACUAAGCUUCACUGUUCCUCGCAUCAAGUUGGACCUCUUCCAAGACGAUCUUUUCCCUGCUACAAAGGUCACCUGGGAGCCCUCCGUUUCUGCAAAUGAAUGGUUUUCUGGAGCUCAACAUCCUGUCAAAAGGAUCAGUCUGCGCCCACCUGGAAUGGAUUCUUUGUCUGAUUCCCAAGGGGCAGCUGAAGUCAUAUCUACUAUUGCACCUACUCCUUCAUCUAAAGGGGGUAAUGUCAAUAAUGCCAAUAAUAAUGCCAAUAAUGCCAACUCUAAAGGGGGUUGGAAUGAUGAUUUGUCAGGAUCUAAACGGAGGACAGAACAGAUUCAACAAGCUAUGAGCAACCGUGUGGAGAUGAACAUGAAACUAGAGCAAGAUGACAUGGAAGGAGUGGACGAGAAAGAAUGGGAUGAAUGAGAAGCACUUGCUCAUAGCAAUAUGUACAGCCACUGUACGUAAUUACUGUGUAUAGUGUGGGUAAAUAUAUGUGGUUUUCACAUAUAUUUCUAUAGGGGUUUUGUAUCUAUCAGAUUUAGCAAAGUCUACUCCAUUUUCAUAAUCAUCCAUCUUUUAACUAACCCAAGAACUAUUUUUAAACUUUUACUCAAGAAUGGAUUGAUUUGGUUCUUGCUUGUCAAGUCUUGUCUUCUUUGAUAUGAAUUUUAAAACUAGUGGGCCUCCUUUCAGUUUUGUUUCUUGGUUCAAGUUUAAAAGACAGAUUGGUACCACUCUGUACUGAAAAAUGAAGAACAAGUGAAUAGACUAGUAUUAUCUUAAUCAUGAAGUUCAAUUUUAAGUUCAUUUUUACACAGCCAUAACAAUAUUUAUCAUGGCCAUAGCCACCUUUUAUUUGCGUCUGUGACAUUCUUUGUCACAUAGUUUUGGAAUUAUUUGUUUUGUUUUGUGAUAUUUGUCAGUCUUAUUACAUAAGUUCUUUAGAGAAACUUAGUGAUGUUUUAACUUUGUUUUGAAUGAUCAUUAGCAACCUAUGAGAUUUCCAAACCACCAAUGUACAGGCAAAGGGAUUCAAAAUUACAUUGGAGCCAAAUUAUUCCAUUGUAGCAUAGCUUAGUGUUGAAUGGUAUGUAUUAGCUUUUGCGCUUUCAUAUAUCAUGUUGAGAUUAUUUCUAAAUUUAUACAUUCAGUAUUACCAGCUUGAUAAUUCGUGUGUCAAACCUACUUUGACUGAGGAUCCAAUCUAAUAAGUGUGUUCUACAAACUAAAUUUUUUGCUAGGAGAUACUAAAAAUACUUUGUGGUGGUUGAAGACUGAGAACAUUUCAUUUUUACCUGAUGUCCUUAUAAAGACAUUUUCAUUCCAUUUUUGUUUUGAUUGACAAGCUUCACUCUCUAGGGAAGGAAACGAAAAUUAAAUUGUGCUCUAGGAGACAAGUUGUGUGGACUUAAGUGCCAUGGAUGCAGAAAGUUUUGUUGCCUAUGAAGCUUUUACUUAUGGACUUCCUUAUUAUUCUUAAUCAAGAGAAGAACCCGAUCUGCGCAAUUAGUGUGGCUUGAAUUUUUAAGGAAAACAGAACUUUUUGCAGUCAUUACACUACACAUUAGUGUUAAGUGAAACCUAAGCACCUAUUUUGGUUGAUCUGUACACUUAAGUGAAUUGUGAACACUCAUCAUUGAAUCUGUUUUGAGUCCUGAUUUAUGGGACCAUAAAAUCUAUUUGGAAGUUCAAUACUAUUCCUAUGUGCAUUAAUGAAAUCAUGUGGUUAAGAUGGUCUGAUAUUAACUUUGCCAUGUGAUUCGCUGACACCCUCCUGUACAUAUUCAACAGCAGAUAGCUGUUUCUUUUUUAAGUGUAUAUUUUCAUAAUGUGCUAGUCCCUACUAGAUUCUAGUCCCCUCUGCUAAGUAAUCAUUGUGUAAGUACUCGGGGGAGUUAGCUCAAAAUGGGUAGGCAGGGAGAGUGCUCAAAACAGCUUCCUUUUCUCGCUUCUUUUUGUGAGUAUCAAUAUUUGUAUCUCUUUGGUCUCAGUAAGUUCAGUUUGUCUUUUGACAUCCAAACCAUUGUGUUGUUUAUUUGCACACAUGUGGCACAGAAGUUAAAUGGCAUGCUUCCUGAAGGUUUAAGGGUGGGUAUGUUGUGUAUUGUCAAAACAUUAUAUUUAUUUCUUGGUCAAUUUUAUUAUGUUUGUGUCUUGAUUUAGACUAUAGUUUUUCCUGAUUAUACUUUUUGGUAUUUUUCUUUUUAUUGUAAAAAGAUAUCUAGAAGAAUAACUUUUCCGGACAGGAUGGAUUUCUUUGUACCUACCAUGAUUGGUUCCUUAUUGAUUGAUGAAGCCUAGCUUGUGGUGCAUGUUGAAUUGGGGUUUGCUUCUAUGUAUUGGAGGUGGUUUUAUGUAUCCUUUUUGUGAAGGUUCCCAAAGUAUUCUAUAAAUUUGAAUUGAUAUUAUUGUAUCAAACUGACACAACAUAAUUUGCUUGAGAAUUCCUGUGAUGUGUGGAGAUUUACAUAGAUCUUAGGUGUGGUUUUCCUUGUGAUUUAUGUUUAGCUUUUUGCAUUUGCCAUUGAAAUUGAGUUUGAAAGAUUCUUAUGCACCACUUUAACAAAUGGUUAUUACUAUAUAGUGAUGGGUGCUUAAAUGAUUUGGUGCAUGCUAAAAUCUGACCUAGUCAUAAUACAUUGCAUGUACUGAGUGCUUAAUUUUUCACUUCCUGCAUGGCCUGUGAAUGCUAUCAAAAUGAAAUGCCAUUCAUAGGCAGUGUUAAUUUUGCCAUUAAUACACACUUUGUGUUUUUAUCCCAAUUCCAUGUAAUAAGGCUGCCUUGACUGUGUUUUCAUUCCACUUACCAAUGGUCUCUAAAUAUUUCAGUCUGUUUUGGAAUAUUCAUUCCAGCUAUUUUGUAAUACUUUCAUUCCACUCACCAAUGGUCUCAAAAUAUUUCAAUCUGUUUUGGAAUAUUCAUUCCGGCUAUUUUGUAAUACUUUAUUCAAAGUUUGAAUCCUGAUGUAGGGCAAGGGUAUUCCUUUGUGCUUAGACUGCUUUGCUUGACAAUCUUGUACUGUAUUGUGCCAAGACAUUGCAUACAUAUAAGACAUGUGUGUUUGAGUAAGCUCUCUAUACUUCUGAGCAGUCCAUUUCUCUAUUAAUUAUUGAUUGUAUAUCCUGAUUGAUCUUUUGAUCUAUUUUGAUUUUUCUUU